UCGAAGCAAAGCCUGAUCUGGCAGGCUCGCUCGAUGUUUCGUGUCACUUACAGAAGCUGAAAGCCGAAACCCAAAGCAGCUUCAACUCAAAAAAAGAAAAGAAAAGAAAUUUUUUAUUUUUUCUUUAAUGAAAUUUUGAGUCUUCUUUUCAGAGACUGAAUUCGAAAUCCCAUAAAAUGGCUACACCAUUUUUCGCUGGGCUUGCAGUUGCUGCUGCUGCUCUUGCUGGUAGAUAUGGAAUCCAUGCUUGGCAAGCAUUUAAGGCAAGGCAGCCAACACCUAGAAUACGCAAAUUUUAUGAAGGUGGUUUCCAACCUACAAUGACAAGAAGAGAAGCAGCAUUGAUUCUUGGUGUUAGGGAGAAUGCAACACCAGACAAGGUCAAGGAAGCACAUAAGAAAGUAAUGGUUGCAAACCAUCCUGAUGCAGGUGGUAGCCAUUACCUUGCUUCAAAAAUCAAUGAAGCUAAAGAUGUGAUGCUUGGGAAGACAAAGGGCAGUGGAUCUGCAUUUUAAAUCAUAAAUUUUGAUUCUGCCAUGCUUUUGACAAUCUGCAAGAAGUAAAAUCCCUGUCUUCGGCCCUGCAAAAAUAUCUUCUUUUAUAAAGAGGCUUAUGCUUGCCAAAUGAAUUGCAGCUGCUUUUGCCCCAAAAGCAUGGAAGUUGUGGCUCUUGUUCUUAAUGUUUUUGUAUCUUAAAAGCAAGACUCCUAACAACUAGGCAGUCACUGGUGAGACCUAGGUGAGUUCAAAGGGAAUUGUUUGUCUAGAAAUUCCGGGUUCAUCCGCAAUUAAGUGUUUAGAAAUUUACGAGUUUUGGUUGAACGCGAUUCGAGUUAUGUAAUGUUUCAAGACUUUGGCCAAUGAAAAUGAGCCCUGUCAAGAUGUAAGUAGGCAAAAGAAAGCUAAUAUAAAAGAUGAAGAAGGUUGUUGAGCUUAAAGUCAACAUUAUUCUUUUCUUCAUCUUAUGAGACAUA